AUGCAGAAGUCCCUCGACCCAUCCACACGGCAACUGCAAGCGGCCCUCAAAACGGCCAUCUCCGGCAAGGCGGAGGUGACCGUCGUGCAGGAGACGGUCCAGGUGGAGAUCCGUGAUCUUGAUGACUUGACCAGCGGGGAGGAGGUCACAAUGGCACUAUUUGCGGGAGAGAACUGCGACAUCCAAAGCGACGCUGCGCCCAGAAUGUGGAAAGCGUUUGGAGGAACGCAAAUUGCGACGGUAAGCCUGAGACCCGAGCACGCGCGGAGACUGCUCGAGAAGGACAAGAUCCGAAUUGGAUGGGUAGUAUGCAGCAUCCGCGAGAAAUUGGAGCCGAGGCGCUGCUAUAAAUGCAUGGGCUUCGGUCAAACCUCGGUAGGAUGCCGCGCUUCUGAAGCUACGGGCAAAGCCACACAGGAAGCAUGCUUCAAGUGUGGAGGCACCGGCCACAAGCACUAUACGUGCCAGGGCAAGCCCAGAUGCAUUCCAUGCAUGCAAGGUGGCAAGACCGCGAGAGACGCAGAGCACGCGACCCUGGGCAGGAUCUGCCCCGAGUACAUGAAGGCGGCCAAAAGCAAUAUCAAUGGUUAA